CAUGAUUCGAACAAAGCGGUGGCAUACGAGCCAAUCCCCCCAAAGGCCCAAACAACAUCAUUCACAACACGAGAGGGCGCUGAUUCCUUCGUGCUCACCACAACAAUGGCGGCGGCGCUCAUGGACGGCGAGCUCGGGAACAUCUUGAAGGUCUCGGCUGCGGUUUGGGCGGCCAUGUGGUACGCCCGCAUGGCCGCCAGACGGAUUAGCCCAGGCGCGGGCCGCCUCGCCGCGCUUCUGCCCGCCGUCGGGCUCUUCUACGGAAUCCCCUUCGCCUUCAGCACCACCACGUUCCGCGGCAGCUCCGGCUUCUUCCUCAGCUGGCUAGGCACCUUCAAGCUCUUCCUCCUCGCCAUCGGACGGGGCCCUCUGGACCCGUCCCUUUCCCUCCUCCAGUUUGUCUGCUCUGCCUCCCUGCCGGUCAAGCUUCGGCAGUCCACCGGCGGCGGCAAAUCAAAGAAGCAAGAUCCCGCUUCGGCCCCCGCCAGAAAGAUCCUCGUGGCCGGCGCCGUCAUCCCCUUCAUCAUCUACGCGUACCAGUUCAAGGAGACGAUGAGCCGGUGGCAGCUCCUCCUCCUGUACACCGUGCACAUCUACCUCUCCCUGGAGCUCCUCCUGGCGUCGGUCCACGCCGUGAUCCACGGCGUGCUGGGGAUGGAGAUGGAGCCGCAGGUGGACCGGCCGUACCUGGCGUCGUCGCUGCGGGACUUCUGGGGCAGGCGGUGGAACCUCAUGGUGCCCGCCAUCCUCCGCCCGUCGGUGUACGGCCCGGUGCGCGCGCGCUUCGGCGACGCGGCCGGCGUCCUGGCGUCGUUCCUCGUCUCCGGGCUCAUGCACGAGCUGAUGUUCUACUACAUCAUGUGGCAGCAGCCCAGCGGCGACGUGACCGCGUUCUUCGUGCUCCACGGAGUGUGCACCGGGGCGGAGGCAUGGUGGGGGCGGCACGCCGGGUGGUGGCGCCCGCCGCGGGUGCUGGCGGUGCCGCUCACGCUGGCGUUCGUGGGCGGGACGGGGCUGUGGCUCUUCUUCCCGGCCAUGAUUAGGGGCGGCCUGGACGCGCUUGUGCUACAGGAGUGCCAGGGCAUGGUGGUGCUCAUGGAGCAGGCCGGCCGGUGGCUCGCCGCCGGCCCCGUUCUUUCGAGCCGCUGACCAACGCGUGCCGUCACGAAUGUGCGCCGAAAAAUAAUAUUUUUUUCUGUGGUCGGAUCUGGCCUUGAAAGAUGUGCUGGUGCUGUACGCAUCUCAUUGAAUAUUCAUCCGUACUAAAAUACCGUUGUUCAGAUCUUUGGUGGCUGCUGCUGCCAUGAUACGGAGUAUAUUUGUUGAUAUGGAUAGUCUGGAUUUCCUUUUAAAACAAAUUAAUGAUAACGAUA